CGCUAAAAUUUUGGUGACAUGUUGUUAGCGAAACAGCUGAGCGGUAGAGCCUGUGUAUUGGGCCGGUGUGCAAGCUCAUGCAGUAAUCGGGCAUCGAACUGUUGCGAUCGUGCCACCACUUUUUCGAGACGGCUGCUAGCUCCUGAAGUACAUUUCACCUGCAUCGUCUCCAGGUAUUGCACACUUUCAAGGGCUUCAUUCUGCAACCAUACGUCUGCGUCAUGUCAACCACUCAGCAAACCUCCAGGCCACUGGAUGGCACAUCCAACUCAUCUUCUUCGCCUCUUUACGAUCUCGUCUGUGUCGGCUUUGGUGCUGCUCAACUUGCAACUGCCAUUGCCAACCGUGAAGCACGUACCGACUCUAAAGUACUCUUCCUGGAGCGCAAGCCUUCAUUCUCAUGGCAUUCGGGAACACACCUGUCUAGGGCACGCAUGGAAGUUCCUUUCCUCUACGAUCUGGCAUCCCUUCGCAACCCAAAAUCGGCUUUCAGCUACUCCUGCUAUUUGCUUGCUAAGGACCGUCUGGUCGAGUUCGCCAACUCUGAUCGACUGAACCCUCUGCGCGACGAGUUCGAAGACUACCUGAAGUGGUGCGCAGAACAGUUCAGCGACCAGGUCCGAUAUGGUAGCGAAGUCGUUGGUGUAGCCCCAGAGACUGAGAACAACACUGUACGAAGCUGGAAAAUUGCUGUAAAGGAUGGCAACGGCAAAACAUACAUCGUCCGGGCAAAGAACGUCGCCGCUCCUACACCAGGAAAGCACAUCAGCGCGAAGGAAGAGUCGUUGACCAGCGUCAACUUCCUUGCUGGACAGCGCAUUAUGCCCAUGGCCGACUACCUAUCGCGGAGAAACGAGCUUCGCCAGCCGUUCGAGCCGCGACUGAAUAUCGCGAUUGUUGGCUCAAGCCAACAGACAAUCGAGAUCUUGGACGACCUGCUUUCGUGUCCCCGCCUCGGCAACGUCACAGUCGUAACGGAGAACGAAGACCUUGCACCAUUGAAGGUCCUUGGUGAACAAGAGCCACCUCAGCCACGACUGUGCUCCAUCUGGUCUAAGCCGUCUUGCGACUCAAAGGCGGUAACGGAUGCGUCUGAACUCGUCCAGGCCAUCUACAUGCGAGCAUACGAGAAGCAGGUGCAGAGCAAGGGCGAAUAUACAUUCCGCCUCGCCAUUGGCAAGGAUGCUUCUGAGCCAUGCUCCAAAGCCGACGUCAUAAUCAGGGACACAUCUGCAGCUCCUUUCUCCAGCAGCGGCCUCUUGCAGAGUCUCAACACGCUCGUACUCGGCUGCCAUCAGCUUGGCGAGAGCUUCGAAGAGGUGCAGUUCAAGCGCGGCGCCGUUGCUGAUGCUCGUAUGUGGUUGAUGUCGGCGAACUCAGAGGGUGGCCGCUCAUUGGCAAAGGAUAUUUCACUACGGGCCGGUGAGGUAGUAAGCGCUCUGUCGUCACCACCUGCAGGUAGACGGGAUGGGCUGGUCCAGGCUAGAAUUUAGACGGUGUUCUCAUUGGGAAGGUGCAAAGCGGGGCGUUUGUUACAUAAUAAGCAAAUUUUUAUCUGAUCCUGUCUAAAUCUGA